GCUAACUAGUGCAAAUUGCGUAAGAGGAAAUUAAGCGCGCUCCUAGCAGCCGCCGCUGCCUCCGCGUGUGUGCGCGGGCUGCCGCGUGUGUGCUGGUGGUGAUGUCUUAGGGGGUUUUUUUUGUUUUUUUCCUUCCCCUCUUGUAAUCCCUUCGGCAGAGCGGUCCCCCUGUCUUCCAUUCCCUCAGACUACAGUGAAUUGGGAGAUCUGGUUGCCUCCUAGUAUUUUCAUCAUCUUGGAUCUGAGAUAAAAUGGAAAUACCAGAUUUCUUGUUAUGUCAAGCAAAUAGGUGGCUCCUUAAGGCCUGUCCUACAACAACAAAAUUAAACCCUUCAAAUGCCCCGUAUCCAUUUCUGUCAUAAAAAAAUCUCCCUAUGGUGGAAAAAAGUGAAGCAAACCAGUAAUGUAGCCAGCAUGAACUAUGUUCCAGAACUUCUUAUCUGCUCAAUCUGGGCUGAGGAUAAUUGUUUGCUGUGUAGAAAAUAUUUGGUAAUAUGGUGCCAAAUCUGUCACUCCUCUUUUUAAUGUAAGGAGAAGGCAAAAUAAAGGUUAAUAAGGCGUAUUAGUUUAUUGCUAUAUUUGUAAUACAAACUGUAAAAAUAUAGACAAAUAUAGACAAUCCUCUUUGCUAUUUCAUCAUUCUCAAGCAAGUCAUAGUGUAGUUUUUAAUUUCUGCAUCUUCAUUUUUUAAUUUUUUUUCAUGUUGGUCUCUGCUUUUACCUUAUUAAAUGAUAGAAUGUCACACUUCUAUAGUAUUUCAAAUUUUCAGAGCACCUUAUAAGUAUUAAUCCUCACUCUCUCUGUAUCAUGGGUGACUAUCUUCAUUUUUCAAGCAGAGAAAUAAAGAUACAGUGUGAAUAAGUGACUUGCUCAAGGUCACUUAGUGGCAGAACUGAUUAAUUCUUGAGUCCAAAUUGUCCCUAUGCGGGGAGUGUGAGGGAAACGUAUGUCAGAUUAGAAAUUCCAUGGGAUUUCUUGUGGAAUAUUCUGUUUCGGAGGAGGGGGGGGGGUUAGGGUUAACCAUUUUGUGGAAAUGUGAAAGUUUUCUACUGAGAAUCCUUUGAAUGUUGGCAGUCCAUUGGAGACCAAGGCAAAACUCCUUCAUGUAUUUAACAUGGCAUCAAGACUUCAUCAAAAAGUUGCUUUAAAAGAUGGAAAAACUCAGUGUAAGAAGAUGCAAGUAAUGCUGAACAGCCCUGUGGGAAGAAUUGAAAUAUCUGGAUGUGGAACAGGUGUACAUGAAAUACAAUUUAAGGAAAAUGUUCUGUCACAAAACAGCACUAAGGAAGCCUCAGUUACUUGUGAGGUCUGUGAAGGCCCAGAGGAAAUGACAGAACCACUGAAACAGUGUACAGCCUGGCUUCAGGCCUACUUCUGUGAGCCCUGGAUGACCGAGAAACUUCCUAUGCCUCUCUUUCACCAUCCAGUUUUUGAACAAGAUUCAUUCACCAGACAAGUGUUAUGGACCCUGUUGAGAAAUGUGAAAUUUGGAGAGGCAGUUUCUUACAAGCAAUUAGCAGACCUGGCAGGCAACAGCAAAGCAGCAAGAGCAGUGGGAGGAGCAAUGAGAAGCAAUCCUGUUCCGAUUAUAAUACCAUGCCACAGAGUGAUUUGCAGCAGUGGACAGACUGGCAACUAUGGAGGAGGAACUCAUCUGAAACAGUGGCUUUUGUCACAUGAGAAGCAUCAGAAAGAAAAGUUAGCAUAUUGAUGCAGUUCAGCCACAGCUGUUAUACAGCCAAAACACAUAACCAAAGAUACUUGGCUUAUAACAAGCUUUCAGAACACACAGUAGAAUUCAGGAAAAUGGUAAAUAUUUGAGUGACAUAUAAAUAUAAUACAACAUCCGAAGUGAAAUGUGUGGUGGCACUACUAUAUUAAAAAAGCUGGAUGUGUCCUAGGGGACGCAGCUUGUAUGCCCUUUCUUGUUUUUACAUUUUACAGCAGAAUGAGUACAGCGGACUGGUGCCUGUUGUGCAUGUAUUUUGUUCCCAUCUCCAGUCCUGUUUUGUUCUAUUUUUAAUGUCCAUUAAAGCAAGGAUAAGGGAGUAGGAGGGGCAUGGCAAAUGUUAGGUGCAACUGCCCCUCUAAGGAAGCAUCUGGCUCACAGAGGGGACAGCCGGCAGUCUGAAGCCUUUGCGUGUUUCUGAGAGCAAAAUGAAAUGCAAAAGCUUCAGCACACACCUCCCUGUUCCUGCCUAGCUUUGUAUUUGUCCAGAUUGAAAAGCUUGUACCUCUGCCAGGAUUGUUGCUCAAGAUUCUCCUGUUUUUCUUUGAUGUUUGAACUGUUGAAAUGAUGUUUUACGUAAACAGUUGUUAAUUAAACACAUUGAGAAUCAUUCAAAAGGAAAUGGCUAUUGAAUUGCCUAUUCACAGCUUUUCUUUUCAAAUUGUUUGAGAUGCUUAGAAGAUAUGAAUAAAAAUUAUUCUGCCUUUAUUAACAUUGCAGUAAGUAGACAGAAAAGUAGAUGCUGGUGAAUUAUUUUAUGCCAAAUAAAGAGCUUUUUUUCAAAUUAAGCAGUUGAGUUACCAUAGUUUUCUCAAAAAUUUAAAAUUGUUAUAUAUUGUGAUUAUUACUUAUUUUAUUUAGCUUUCAUGUGCAUUAUACAAUACUCUGAGUAGUUAGGGAAAAAGCUUUUUUUUCAUGUAGGUUAUCCAUAGAAAAUAUAGGCAGUGAAAGGAUAUUGAAGCUAAAAUUUCUGAUUACUUAAAAAGGAUUCCAUGAAAGUAAAAUAUUACAAACUACCAAGAGCUGAAAUUUUCAGUCUGGGAGUCAUAAAUUAUAACAUGGAAAUACUGAUUUUAUGGGUUUUUUUUCAUAUUCUUGUAGGUGUCUCUUUAGAAAGCUCAUUGCUAACAAAGAAAUUACUGUAUUAUAUUACAAUGUAUUACUUUGUUAAUCCAGCAUUAUUGAUAUCUUUUUAAUAAAGUUAUGUUGUGCAUGUA